AUGUAUAAAAUGUUGAUAUAGUUAAGAUAUAAAGGAUAAAGGAAUGUAUUAAUCCGGGUGUUGAUGACCGGCCGCUGGACCACAACACUGGCCAGGUCACAACGUGUAUGUGUUAUUGCAAUAUAUACUGUACGUAUAUGUAAAUCCUGUGUGAACUGAAGUAGAAGACGAAGAAGAAAACAAACACAAAGAGCAUCAGCAGCUCCACACCUAAGCCAGCAAGAUGAAAACUGACGAGAACGACGUGAUGGAGGACGAGGAGAUGGGAGAGAGUGAGGCAAGGACUGAGGAGAGUACGGAGGACAACCAGGGACUAGAGUGUGACUUCUCUGCCUACACACUGUUCCAUGAGGGCAGUACAGGUGCCCCAUGCCUGAGUUUUGACAUUCUACGGGAUAAUCUUGGCGACAACCGCAACUGUAACACUCCUGUAUCGUGUUACUUUGUGGCGGGGACGGAGGCAGCCCGCACUCACGUCAACAAUAUUAUUCUUAUGAAGAUGAGUAAUUUGGUAAAGAUAAAGCAUAAUGACAGUGACGACGACAGUGAGCUGGAAGAUGACGAGGAUGAGGGAACGAGGGACGAACCUGUCAUAGCCUCGGCGAUUAUCGGACACGGUGGUUGUGUAAACAGAAUAAGGAGUACAAUAGUCAAUAAUGUCCCUCUGGCAGCUUCCUGGUCUGAGCUAGGUAAUGUUCACAUCUGGGACCUGAGUCGUAUGGUGGAUGCCGUAAAUGACCGCCAGGCUAACAUAGCCUUUAAGCAGAAUUCAGCAUAUGAAAGUCCAUUAUUCACUUUCAAAGGGCAUCCCUCGGAAGGCUUUGCUGUUGAUUGGGCCCCAUCCAUGCCUGGAACACUUGCUACUGGGGACUGUGAGAAAAAUAUCCAUGUGUGGAAACCUAGUGGAGGCGGUUCAUGGGCAGUGGGGACAACACCUUUUGUUGCACACACAGCAUCUGUUGAAGACAUCCAGUGGUCACCUAAUGAACCACAUGUGUUUGCUUCCUGCUCAGUCGACAAGAGUAUCAGAGUCUGGGACACCAGAGCAAAGCAAGACAAGGCAUGCAUGCUGACCGUCCCCGAUGCUCAUGAGUCUGAUGUUAAUGUGAUACAUUGGAACCGCAAUGAACCUUUCAUAGUCUCUGGUGGUGAUGAUGGCAAAGUACAAGUUUGGGAUCUGAGACAGUUACAAAAUGGUAAUGCUGUUGCUGUCCUGAAGCACCAUGAAUCAUCCAUAACAACAGUUGAGUGGCAUCCAACUGAUGCAUCUGUCCUGGCUAGUGGUGGUGAAGAUAAUCAGAUCCUCCAGUGGGACUUGGCAGUAGAACGAGACACAGAUGUUCAGGACGAUGAUGAGGCGGAUGUGCCACAGCAUCUGCUCUUUGUUCACAAGGGCCAAGAUGAAGUUAAGGAGCUACACUGGCAUCCACAGGUCCCCGGCCUUAUUGUCUCUACUGCUCUCUCUGGUUUUAACAUAUUCAAGACCAUCAGCACCUGAGAGGUCAACUGCUUGGUGUCUCAGUGUUGGGAGAUCAGCUGUGUAGUUAGGACUUUUGUGACCGAGUUUUAAAUUACUGAACAUUGCCACUGUAAAAUAUACACUUAACAGAUUAAAUAUAAACAACAUUGAUUGGAAAUUAUACUGAAAUUGGUAUUUAUUUUUGAGGUCGUUGAUGAUCAAUCUAAUUUCUGGAUAAUUACGAACACCACCGAGGAGUUACUGUAGUCGUGCUGCUCGUGUUGACGGGUCGGGCACGGCUCAGCUGGGAGUCAGGGGAUGAGGGGUUCGUCUGACUGUUCUUGUUUAUGCCAGUAUUUUAAAAAUAACAAAUAUGAAUGUUAUCUUUUUUCUGAAUGACAUUAGCAUAUACUGUACUGUAGUAGUGAAACUCAUCAGUCUUUGGAAACAGUGUUGUUGAAAUAUUAUAAAUAAAAAUAUAAGACUA